AUGCCUCCCGAUGAUUACUCUAAGGGAGGUCGCGACCGACAUGUGAGAGAUGUCACCGCGCCCAACUUUUCCAAUCCUUCUUCCAGUCCCGUCUUUGUCAAGUUUCCCACUGCUACCACCGUUUCGCCCAUCACCCCGUCCUCUAGUCCGACUGGUAUCGAUCGUCACUCGCUUGCUGUUUCUGCCCAAAAUAACCGCUACACCAACCCGCCCGCGCUGUCCAGCUUAGAUUUCAAGGCCCCCCAUCCCGUGUACUCUGGCCGUCCCAACCCGACCCCCCUGUUGACCCCCUGCUCGAGCUUCGACAGUCUGUCCCUCAAUUCGGCUCUCAGCACCCGUCACAGCACCCCUGCCAUCCUCACCACCAUCUUCCCCGAAGGGAUCCCCGAUGUCCAAGCCAUCCACGACAUCUCCACCCAGCUUCCCAACGCUCUCAAAGGGGCCAUCGUCGACCGCCCCUCCGGAGUCCGCUCGCUCUACAUCCAAGGCCUCCCCUCCUCCGUCUCCUUUGACCACCCAGUCCGCGACAUCGUCGUCCGUGUCCUCGACCUUGCCGACGAAGAAGUCGAGGCCGACCAGGUCCUCUUCGCCCUCGAGAAGGACCACGAAUCGUUCAGGGAACUCCUCCAAGGCUUGCUCUAUGUCGGCGGCGUCGUCGUCAAGAACACCCAACACCAGCCCGUUAACAGUCGCUUCAUCUUGGUCGGAAUCGAGGUCUAA